GCUACUUAAUAGUUAAUACUAUACUAUACUCGUCAGAGAAGAACCAUACUAAGACACUGGGCAGUGAUGCUGAGAGACAAAAGCCCUAAUUCUCAUCAGAGCCGCCCUUUAGUCUGGCUGCUCCGGUGAUUCGUUUCUACUGAUCAUUCCGCCGGCCGGUAUUUUCUCGAAAAGAUUUCAUUUUCUCCGUUGGCGAUUCGAUUUUGGAUUUGGCUUUCGGAGCUAUGGGCAACCAAUUAUGGUGAGGAAAUUAUCCUAUAAUUGGUUGCCCCAUAGCUCCGAAAUCAAACCCAAACACAAGUCUAUAUCUGGAUCAAUGGUAAUUCUUUUUCCAGUUAAGAUUUGGCAAAUAAUCUUUCUGUUGGAAAGAAAAUUCAGUGCUCAGAAUGAAUGGCUAUAGCCCAUUAGAGCAUACACUCCGCUACAUUAUUUGCGCAAUCAGUCCCUCAAAAGAUGACUGGUCUAUAAGAUUUCAAUUAAUUGAAGAACUACGAGCCGUUGUGGAACCCAUAGAAAGUUUGAGAGGUGCAACGGUUGAACCAUUUGGAUCUUUUGUAUCUGAUCUCUUCACAAGGUGGGGUGAUCUUGAUAUAUCUAUAGAGUUGGCCAAUGGUUCCUAUAUCGCAAGUGCUGGGAAGAAGCACAAACAAAAUUUACUUGAAGAUGUACUAAAAGCAUUGAAAAUUAAAGGUGGCUGUCGGAAAUUGAGGUUUAUUACCAAUGCAAGAGUCCCUAUAUUGAAGUUUCAGGGCAAGUAUAACAUCUCCUGUGACAUAUCAAUAAAUAAUUUGAGUGGACAAAUGAAGUCCAAAUUGCUAUACUGGAUCAGUACAAUUGAUGGACGUUUUCGUCACAUGGUUUUACUGGUCAAGGAAUGGGCAAAGGCACAGAGUAUUAAUGAUUCAAAAUCUGGAACUCUAAAUUCCUAUUCUCUUAGCUUGCUUGUUAUAUUUCACUUUCAGACGUGUGAGCCUGCUAUUUUACCUCCACUGAAAGAAAUAUAUCCGAGAAAUAUGGUGGAUGAUCUUACAGGUGUGAGGGUUACUGCAGAGAAUCUUAUUGAAGAAACAUGUGCUGUCAACAUAAACCGAUUUAAAUCUAAUAGUUCCAGAGCUCAAAACGACAGUUCUCUGGCUGACCUCUUCAUCUCAUUCAUUGGGAAGUUCUGUGACAUUAGUUCCAAGGCUUCAGAUCAAGGCAUAAGCACCUACACUGGACAGUGGGAAGACAUUGAAGGCAACAUGAGAUGGUUACCAAAAACAUAUUCACUAUUUAUUGAAGAUCCGUUUGAACAACCUGCUAAUACAGCAAGGAGCGUUAGCAGUACACAACUUGCAAACAUAUCUGAAGCUUUUCAGUCAACCUACAAUAUGCUUACAUCUCCCAAUCAAGAUAAAAAAUUGCUCUUGUCUACUCUCAUGAAGCCACCCACUACGAAAUUUGCGGGGGGAACACCUACUAGAAACUAUGGCAACUAUAGUAGAGAUGGCGUCAGGAUUCAACAAGCUCAAAGAACCACGCAACCAUCAUUACAACAUCAGUUUCAAGACAUGAGGAUCAACAGGCAGCAGCCGAACAGGGCAAUUCAUAGACCUUCCCAGGAUUCUCCUGCUCAAUUACAGCCAGUAUGGAGGCCUAAAUAUGACAAAAAGAUUGCAGAAUAAUUCGCCUGGCUUAGAGUUUGCAUCCUUGAAGAAGCUGAGGUUCCAUUACGUUUCGUGAUCUCCUUUUUCAUCAGAGAGGUGCCUGUACCCAGAGUUGGAAGGGAAGACCUUAUGAUGAAUCUGUUGUUUGUGCUCAUUUCCAAUUCAAUACACAACUGUGCAUUGUUCUGAAUCCAGUGUUUUGGACCUUUUAAAUUUGAUAAUAGGAUUUAAAAAAAUGUAAUGAGAGAUGAACAUUAAACUCUAAGAACGUGGAUAACAUCUUUGUUUGAUGCUUUGUGGAAUUGUGCUUGUGCUUUGCUCUGUAGAGUUUUUGUAUUACUGGUUAACUCUGGCCAGUUGGACUAGUGCUACGCGAAUUGUCAAUUUUAUUA